CUGAGGGGUAUCACGGGAUCGGUACGGAUUUGAUAGACACCAGCUUGAUUCUUGCAAUGAAGAAAGGUCCUCAACAAAAAUUAUUCUCCAAAGCCAAGAUGCUGCCGUCAUUUCACUCUCCUAGUCCAUCAUCUCCUAUGUCCAAUAUGAGAUCUAGGUCACUUUCACCUUUAAUUGGAUCUGAGACUCUGCCUUUUCAUGCUGAGAGACAGUGGUGUGAACAAGUCGAGAUUACUGAUGAAAACAAUAUGCUUUUGGACUACCAACACCAUAAAGUUUUUGCUAGAGUAUAUUCAGAUCUUACUCAUUAUAUCGAGAAUUUGGAAAAAUGUACUAAACUUGAAGUACUGAAUCUCAGCUAUAAUCUAAUAGGGAAGAUUGAAAAGGUGGACAAGCUGUUAAAAUUACGUGAACUCAACUUAUCAUACAACAAAAUCAGCAAAAUUGAAGGCAUAGAAAAUAUGUGUAAUCUGCAAAAGCUGAACCUUGCAGGAAAUGAAAUUGAGCAUAUUCCAGUAUGGUUAGGAAAGAAGUUAAAAUCUUUGCAAGUCCUCAAUCUGAAAGGCAACAAGAUAUCAUCGCUCCAGGAUGUAAGCAAGUUGAAACCACUUCAAGAUUUGACUUCUCUGAUCCUACUUGAAAAUCCAAUUGUGACCCUUCCUCAUUACCUCCAGUUUACCAUUUUCCACCUCCGUUCACUGGAAAGUUUGGAAGGUCAGCCAGUAACCUCUCAGGAUAGACAGGAGGCUUUUGAGAGAUUCAGUUUAGAAGAGAUAGAAAGACUGGAAAGAGACCUGGAAAAGAAGAUGAUGGAAACUGAAGAGCUUAAGAGCAAACAAACAAGAUUCCUCAAGGAAAUUAAAAGUCAAGAUAAACUGAACAAAUCUUUAAAAGAGGAGGCCAUAUUACAGAAGCAGAGCUAUGAGGAGCUAAAGGGUGACCUAAACAUGAAAAAUGAAUUGCUAAAACAGAAGACCAUGGAACUAACGCGAGCAUGUCAAAAGCAGUAUGAGCUGGAACAGGAAUUGGCCUUUUAUAAAAUCGAUGCUAAAUUUGAACCACUCAAUUAUUAUCCGUCAGAGUAUGCUGAAAUUGAUAAAGCCCCAGAUGAAAGUCCUUACAUUGGCAAAUCCAGAUACAAGAGAAAUAUGUUCAGCACAGAGAGUUACAUUAUCAAUAAUGCCCAGCAAGUACAGAUUAAGAAGAUGGAACCAGAAGAAGGGGAACAAUUUAGAAAUGAGCAUGUGAACUUGAGAGCCCAUACACCACAGGACAUACAACUGGAAGACAAAGAAAAAAUAAGUGCAGCACAAACUCGACUGUCAGAACUGCAUGAUGAAAUAGAAAAGGCAGAACAACAGAUUUUAAGAGCUACCGAAGAAUUUAAACAACUGGAAGAAGCGAUACAACUGAAAAAAAUUUCAGAAGCAGAGAAAGACCUUCUUUUCAAGCAGUUGAGUGGUAGGAUACAACUUGUAAAUAAAUUACGCCAGGAAGCUCUGGAUCUAGAAAUGCAGAUGGGAAAGCAAAAGCAAGAAAUUGCCGAAAAGCAGAAAGAAGUUAAAGACCUGCAAAUAACUAUAGAUAGCCUGGAUUCCAAAGACCCAAAAAAUUCCCAUAUGAAGGCUCAGAAAAGGGGUAAAGAACAACAGCUUGACAUUAUGAACAAGCAGUACAAACAACUCGAAAGCCGUUUGGACGAGAUACUUUCUAGAAUUGCUAAUGAGACUGAAGAGAUUAAGGACCUUGAACAACAGCUUACUGAAGGCCAGAUAGCAGCAAAUGAAGCCCUGAAGAAGGAUUUAGAAGGUGUCAUCAGUGGGUUGCAAGAAUACUUGGGGACCAUCAAAGGUCAGGCAACGCAGGCCCAGAAUGAGUGCAGAAAGCUACAGGACGAGAAAGAGACACUGUUGCAGAGAUUGACCGAAGUCAAGCAGGAAAGGGACCAACUGGAAAUAGUUGCCAUGGAUGCAGAAAAUAUGAGGAAGGAGCUUGCAGAACUAGAAAGCGCCCUCCGGGAGCAGCAUGAGGUGAAUGCAUCCUUGCAGCAGACCCAGGGCAAUCUCAAUGCCUAUGAAGCUGAGCUAGAGGCUCAGCUAAAGCUAAGGAAUGCUGAAGCCAAGCAGCUCAAGGAAGAGUUGGAAAAACUGACAAGGCUUACCCAGUUAGAACAGUCAGCCCUUCAAGUAGAACUUGAGAAGGAAAAGCAAGCCCUCAAGAAUGCCCUUGGAAAAAUACAGUUCUCAGAAGAAAAGGAACAAGAGAAUAAUGAGCUUCACACAAAGCUUAAACAGCUGCAGGAUGACAAUAAUCUGUUAAAACACCAACUUAAAGAUUUCCAGAAUCACCUUAACCAUGUGGUUGAUGGUUUGAUUCGUCCAGAAGAAGUGGCAGCUCGUGUGGAUGAGCUAAGGAGAAAACUGAAAUUAGGUGCUGGGGAAGUGAGAAUGGAGACUCCUUCAGAUGUCUUAGGGAAAAGUCUUGCAGAUUUACAGAAACAAUUAAGUGAAAUCCUUGCACGCUCCCAGUGGGAACGAGAAGAAGCACAAGUUAGAGAGCAAAAACUCCAAGAAGAAAUGGUUCUGCAGCAAGAGAAACUGGCACACGGACAAGAAGAGUUCAGGCAGGCCUGUGAGAGAGCCCUUGAAACAAGAAUUAAUUUUGAUAAGAGGCAACAUGAAGCAAAAAUCCAGCAUUUGGAGAAUGAAAUUCACUAUUUGCAAGAAAAUCUAAAAAGUAUGGAGGAAAUCCAAGGCCUUACAGAUCUCCAACUUCAGGAAGCUGAUGAAGAAAAGGAAAGAAUUCUGGCCCAACUCCAAGAGUUAGAGAAAAAGAAGAAACUUGAAGAUGCCAAAUCUCAGGAGCAGUUUCUUGGUUUGGGUAAAGAAUUGAAGAAAUUAAAAAAAGCUGUGGCUGCCUCUGAUAAGUUAGCCACAGCUGAGCUCACCAUUGCAAAAGACCAGCUUAAAUCCCUUCAUGGAACUGUUAUGAAAAUUAACCAGGAGCGAGCAGAGGAGUUGCAGGAAGCAGAGAGAUUCAGCAGAAGGGCCGCACAAGCAGCCAGGGAUCUGACCCGAGCAGAAGCAGAGAUCGAACUCCUACAGAAUCUUCUCAGGGAGAAAGAGGAGCAGUUUCGAAUUGAGAGGGAGAAAGCAGAUGUAGGUACUGGAGGAGCAAACUCACAGGUUCCAGAAAUCGAGAAACUGAAUGAGACAAUGGAGAGACAAAGGACAGAGAUUGCAAGGCUGCGGAAUUUACUAGACCUCACUGGGGCUGACAACAAAGGAAGCUUUGAAAAUGUUUUAGAAGAAAUUGCUGAACUCCGACGUGAAGUUUCUUAUCAGAAUGAUUACAUCAGCAGCAUGGCAGAUCCUUUCAAAAGACGAGGCUAUUGGUACUUUAUGCCACCACCAUCAUCAUCAAAAGUUUCCAGCCGUAGUUCCCAGGCAACCAAGGACUCUGGUGUCGGCCUAAAGUACACAGCCUCAACUCCUGUUAGAAAACCACAUCCUGGGCAGCAAGAAGGAAAAGAAGGCAGUGGUCUUCCACCUGCCUCAGGAUACUGGGUUUAUUCUCCCAUCAGGAGUGGGUUACAUAAAUCGUUUUCAAAUAGAGAUGCAGACAGUGGAGGAGAUAGCCAGGAAGAGAGUGAGCUGGAUGACCAAGAGGAACCCCCAUUUGUGCCUCCUUCUGGAUACAUGAUGUAUACUGUUCUUCCUGAUGGUUCUCCUGUACCCCAGGGUGUGGCCCUGUAUGCACCGCCUCCUCCCUUGCCCAACAAUAGCCAACCCCUCACCCCUGGCACUGUUGUAUAUGGCCCACCUCCUGCCGGGGCCCCCAUUGUGUAUGGGCCUCCACCCCGAAACUUCUCUGUCCCCUUCAUCCCCGUGGGAGUACUGCAUUGCAACGUCCCAGAACACCAUAACCUAGUAAGUGGAAAGACAUAUGACCCUCUAUCCACACUACAAAAAAAAAAAAUAAUAAGUCGACCUAUUUGUAAAUGUGUGAUAUCCUGAACGCAAGAAAUGGAAGAACUGCAUCAUGAUAUUGAUUGUCUUUUGCAAGAGAAGAAGGACUUAGAGCAUGAAGUAGAAGAAUUACAUAGAACCAUCCGGAAACAUCAACAGCAAAAGGACUUCCUUGAUGGAAAUGUUGAGAGUCUUAUGACUGAACUAGAAAUAGAAAAAUCAUUCAAACACCAUGAAGAUAUCAUAGAUGAGAUUGAGUGCAUUGAGAAGACCCUUCUGAAACGCCGCUCAGAGCUCAGGGAAGCUGACCGACUCCUGGCAGAGGCUGAGAAUGAACUUUCAUGCACAAAAGAGAAAACAAAAAAUGCUGUUGAAAAGUUCACUGAUGCCAAGAGAAAUUUAUUGCAAACUGAGUCAGAUGCUGAGGAGUUAGAAAGGAGAGCUCAGGAAACUGCUAUUAACCUUGUCAAAGCUGAUCAGCAGCUAAGAUUGCUCCAGGCUGAUGCAGAGGAUUUGGAGCAGCACAAACUCAAGCAAGAAGAAAUCUUGAAAGAAAUAAACAAAGCUGUAGCAGCAAAAGACUUAGACUUCCAGUGUUUAGACAAGAAAAAGGAAAAACUGACGGAAGAGCUUCAGAAACUGCAGAAAGACAUUGAGACAGCAGAACACAAUGAAGAUCACCACCUGCAGGUCCUUAAAGAAUCUGAGACCCUCCUUCAGGCCAAGAGAACUGAGCUGGAGAAGCUGAAAAGCCAGGUGACAAGUCAGCAGCAGGAGAUGGCUGUCUUGGACAAGCAGUUAGGGCAUAAAAAAGAAGAGCUGCAUCUACUUCAGGAAAGCAUGGUCCAGGCAAAAGCUGACCUCCAGGAAGCUCUGAGACUGGGAGAAACUGAAGUAGCUGAGAAAUGUAAUCACAUUAGGGAAGUAAAAGCUCUUCUGGAAGAACUGAGUUUUCAGAAAGGAGAACUGAAUGUCCAGAUUAGUGAAAAAAAAACUCAACUUGCACUUAUAAAGCAGGAAAUUGAAAAAGAGGAAGAAAAUCUUCAGUUAGUUUUAGGGCAGAUGGCUAAACAUAAAACUGAACUAAAGAAUAUUCUGGACAUGUUGCAACUAGAAAACAACGAGCUACAAGGUUUGAAGCUACAACAUGAUCAAAAGGUGUCUGAGUUAGAGAAGACUCAGGUUGAAGUGCUAGAGGAGAAACUGGAGUUAGAGAAUUUGCAGCAGACAUCCCAGCAACAGAGAGGGGAGAUAGAGUGGCAGAAGCAGCUCCUCGAGAGGGACAAAUGGGAAAUAGAGCGAAUGACUGCUGAGACACAAACAUUACAAUCAUGUGUUGAGUGUUUGAACAAAGAAAAGGAAGAUCUCCAAGAGAAACGUGACAAUUGGGAAAAGAAGUUGGCACAAACCCGAAGGGUUUUAGCAGCUACAGAAGAAAAUAGCAAAAUGGAACAAUCAAAUUUAGAAAAGUUGGAAUUGAAUGUCAGAAAACUGCAGCAGGAACUAGACCAACUAAACAGAGACAAGCUCUCACUACAUGAUGACAUUUCUGCAAUGCAGCAGCAGCUACAAGAAAAACAGGAAGCAGUAAACUCACUACGGGAGGAACUAGCUAAUGUUCAAGACCAUUUGAACCUAGCAAAACAGGACCUGCUUCACACCACCAAGCGUCAGGAUGUACUGCUUAGUGAGCAGACCCGGCUCCAGAAGGACAUCAGUGAAUGGAUAAAGAGGUUUGAAAACUGUCAGAAAGAAGGGGAGACAAAACAACAACAACUUCAAGUGCUUCAGACUGAGAUCGAAGAAAGCAAGGUCAAACUAGCCCAACAAGAAAUGAUGUCUCAGAGAUUCCAGAGAGAGAGAGAAAGUGAAGAAAAAAAAUUAGAAGCCAGCAAAGUGAAACUGAAGGAGCAGCAGCAACAGCUGGAAAAAGAAUUAACAGACCAGAAAAGCAAACUGGACCAGGUGCUCAAAAAGCUGUUGGUGGCUGAAGAGCGUGUCAGGACUCUGCAGGAAGAAGAGAGGUGGGGUGAAACGCUGGAGAAGACACUGUCCCAAACCAAACGGCAACUUUCAGAGCGGGAACAGCAAUUAAUUGAAAAGUCAAGUGAGCUGCUGACUCUCCAGAAAGAGACAGACUCUAUCAGGGCAGACUUCAGCCUGCUGCGGAACCAGUUCUUGACAGAAAGAAAGAAGGCCGAGAAGCAGGUGGCCAGCCUGAAGGAAGCGCUUAAAAUCCAGCGGAGUCAGCUAGAGAAAAACCUUCUUGAGCAAAAGCAGGAGAACAGCUGCAUGCAGAAGGAAAUGGCCUCCAUCGAACUGGUCGCCCAGGACAACCAUGAGCGGGCCAGGCGCCUGAUGCAGGAGCUCACCCAGAUGCAGCACGAGUACAUGGAGCUCAAGAAACAGAUGGCAAACCAAAAAGAUUUGGAGAAAAGACAAAUGGAAAUCAGUGAUGCAAUGAGGACACUUAAAUCUGAGGUGAAAGAUGAAAUCAGAACCAGCCUGAAGAAUCUCAACCAGUUUCUUCCAGAACUACCAGCUGAUCUAGAAGCUAUUUUGGAAAGAGACGAAAACCUAGAAGGAGAUUUGGAAAGCUUGAAAGAGAACUUUCCUUUCACCGUGAAUGAAAGACCUUUUGAAGAAAAACUGAACUUUUCCCAAGUUCACAUAAUGGAUGAGCACUGGCGUGGAGAAGCACUCCGAGAGAGACUGCGGCACCGUGAAGAUCGACUCAAGGCCCAACUUCGACACUGUAUGUCCAAGCAAGCAGAAGUAUUAAUUAAAGGAAAGCGGCAGACAGAGGGCACUUUACACAGUUUGAGGAGGCAAGUCGAUGCUUUAGGGGAAUUGGUUACAAGCACCUCUGCAGAUUCAACAUCGUCACCCAGUCUGUCUCAGCGGGACUCUUCCCUUACGGAGGAUUCUCAACUUGGACAAAGUCAGAGAACUUGGAAAGAUCUACAAGGUCCAUCAGAACCAGUAAACAACUACUGACACUGAUGCCAUUCCCAGCUUCCUGCUCACAGGGAAAAGGAUGUCUCAGCAAGAUAAGGAAUAGUCUUACAUAAAUAUAUCUGAGGAAUAACCUCCACUACCUCACUAACUUCAUAAUUGGAAUGC